AUGGCGUCUGAACAAUCUAACUUUGUAAGAAACGAAAUACGAGAGGCCGUUCGCGAAGAGGUUUCGCGUUUGCUUGGCAGUACAUCAGCAACGUCUAACUCUACUGCGACUGGUACUGAAUCGAGCCGUGAAAGCAAUAAUGAAAGGCCUCCUGCAACCCCUCAAACUCAAUCCAGUUCGUUCAGCGACUGCCCGUCUACACCGACUCCAAGAACGCGCACCUUAUCAUUCGAAGAUUUCUAUAAAAUGCGGGAAAGCCAACGUCAGUCAGGCUUCAAGAUUUCAAAGAAAAAGAAAAAAGGCUUAUCGACCACCACUAGCAACGCUCCAAAGAAGUCAACUAAUGUCGAAAUUAAAGUUGGCAUUGCUGCCCAAACAGAUGGGCUUGUAAAGGUUCGUCGCGGUAAGACACAUGUUGUAACAGUAAGUUCGUCGGCUACAAAAGAAGAGAUUACCCAGAAAGCAAUAGAAAAACACAGGAGUUUUGAUCAGACUUUUGAUGAAACUGUUGCUUGGGUUCUAUUAUACCCUGAUUUCCGAGAAAUCCAAUGGAUUCCAGGAACUACACAGCCGUUCAUAUUAUCCAAUUGCAAACAGGCAAUUUGUAAGGACUAUAAGCGGCUUACUUUUUAUCUGAUCCCACUGGAUGAUGUAAUGGAAAGUUUAGAUGAAAGUGGUAACGAGUCUUCAAAAUUGAGCUCACUGCCCGAUAUUCGUAAAUAUGCCUUAAAUCGGGUUCCUGCAAAUAGCCCAGGCUCCCCGUCGGUCGUACAUAUAGAUCAUGAAGGUGCUUCAACAUCACAUGCAUUAUCAGGUGAGAUUAUGCUUAUUAACCCAUUAAAGUGCAAGCUCUCCCCUUGACGAGUAAACGUGUCUGGCGUUGGACAGAGUAAAAUAAUAAAGUAGGGUGCAUUUGGGUACAUUGCUGCUUAAAUAUGUUGUACAGUCCGAUCUGCGCAUGUGCACAAAAGAACAUGAAAAUCAUGAAAAUAUAAAUACCGGUAGUUGUCGAAUAAAUCUUAUAUUUUGGAUACCGAAAUGUAAACAAAGCCUUUGUUUACAUACGGACUGUACCACAUCUUUAAUUAACAAUUAUUCGCCGAAGGCGAGGUGAUUAUCGGUGAAUAAAAACCGAGACGAAGUCGAGGUUUUUAUUCACGAUAAUCACCGAGCCUGAGGUGAAUAAUUGUUUUAGUAUUAUUUCAUAGGUGAUUAUUUGGGAAAAAAUAACAUUUCUUCGUCAUUUAAUUGACAAAAAAGCUUCGGGCGCCAUUUUGAAAAUCGCUUAGGUGAUUAUCGCGUAAUAAUCACCUCAACGGCAACCAAUCAGCGUGGAGAAUUUUCAAUAAUCACCUAUGUAAUUAUACUAAUGGUUAAUAUAAAUAUAUAAUAAAGGGCACAAAGUUGGGGGAAAGAGGGCAACCUCCCAGUUUUUCACCUUAAAAUUGUGCCAAUCUCAGUAACUGAAACCAAAUGAAAAUAAAACCAUCACAAAAUAAAUAGAUACUGAAUAUACGGUUUACAAAAGAAAGACUUCCUUGAAAGAGAUAGUACUUGAAAGAGGGGUGGCCAAUACACUAGUUUACUUACUGUACCCCAUGUGUUGGCAAAUUCCCUGUACCACACUAACCCAGGUAUGGAACCUGAAAGCCAUGGUUCAGGUAUUUAGUAUUGCUAUGAUUAUUAAUAGCACCAAUUUUGAUUCAAGUGUAUCAGUGUGGUAAUGUCUAAUAUUCAUGUACAUCUGUACAGUUAUUCACUGGCAAACCAAAAUGGUAAUUGGGUCGUUCCCGAAAAGAUCCAUACUCCCCCUGUAAUGAUAUGACGUAAUACGGACUGCAUGAAAACGAGGGCAGCCUCGUGGGACAGGAACGAGACAGUUUUGCAUGUUUUACUUGUAGUCAUACUAGUGUGAACUAUAACUUAAAAGGAAUAAUAAUAACUUAACAUGGUGUCAGGAGUAAUUAAACCUUACUAAACGAACCUACGAUGCCAUCGUCGAUACCUGCACCAAAACCACUCAGUUUCACAGGAAAUGUCGCGGAGAACUGGCGAAAAUGGCUCCAGCAAUACAAGUUGUUUAUGGCCGCCACGGAGAAGAACAGGAAAUCAGAAAAGCUUCAGUGUGUAAUGUUCUUAUCUUUAGCAGGAGAGACAGCGAUUGAAAUUUAUAAUACCUUUACGUUUCCAGAAAGUGAAAUCGACAAGAUUGAGCCUCUUAUUCAUAAGUUCGAGGCCGAGGCUUACUGUACGCCGAAGAAAAAUCUUACGUACGAGCACAUGUAUUCCAUAGUCGAAAACAACACGUGGAUGAAACAUUCGAUCAUUUCCUAA